ACCGACACUUGGUGGGUCGCCGACCCCUGGCAAGCUGAAGCGGCGCAACGCCAACGUCACUGGGGAAACACACUCGCUGCCAACAGGAGCAUCUCCAAGCCAGUCAGCACAUGCAUCGACCUCCAUCAACACUUCCCGACAGCAUACCCGCAUCUCGAUCCGCCCGAAAGGCUGCACACGCACGUCAUUUCUCUGCUCGCCGGGCGCCGUCGCAAAUGGCGCCACAGUCGCUCAAGGCGUUUCUGGCCUACGCCGGGAACCUGUUCGCCCAGCUUCCCGCCAGCCUCAACGAAAUCCCGAACCCCUUCUCCGUCGGCCUGGAACCCGCGGGACGGUCCGGCCAGUGCUACAUCCCGCUGAGCGGCGCGCCGGCAUGUCCUAUCGACGGACCUCUUAGCUGCCACAACAGCACGCCCAUCGCGGGCGACUGCUGCUUCAUCCAUCCGGGAGGGCGCAUGCUUUUGACCCAGUUCUGGGACGACCAGGUUCACGCCGGCGGCGCCGAGGAGGACUGGACCCUUCAUGGGUUAUGGCCCGACCUCUGCGAUGGCGGAUACGACCAGUUCUGCAACCUUGUCCCCCAGUACAAGAACAUCAGCGCCAUCCUCAAGGCGCAGGGCCAGUCAGAGCUCGUCGAAUUUAUGGAUAGAUAUUGGCUCUCUAACCGCGGAAGCAACGAAGGUCUGUGGGAGCACGAGUGGAACAAGCACGGGACUUGCAUCAACACGCUGGCCGCGUCGUGCUACUCCCCCGCCGCCGCGUCGGGCGCCGUCGCGGCCACGGCGAACCCCGGGGAGCUGGCCGUGGUGGACUACUUCACGCGGGCCGUCGCGCUCUUCAAGUCGCUCGACACCUUCACGGCGCUGCAGAAGGCCGGCAUCACUCCCAGCAGCCGCACCCACUACCCGCUCGUCGACGUGCAGGCCGCGCUCGAGCGCCACGUCGGCGGCGGCAAGGUCGUGCUGCGCUGUGCCGGCGGCCGCCGCGGGACCAUCCUGCGGGAGGCCUGGUACCACUUCUUCGUCCAGGGGAGCCUCCAGUCGGGCGAGUUUGUGCCCGCCAAGGACCCGCCGAGCCACGACGCCGGCAACUGUGCCCCCUGGGUCAGGUACAUGCCCAAGAGAGGGAGGAGGGAGCUUUAGACGAGGACUGACCGGCCGGCCGUUCUGAGCCUUUUGAUUCUGCUUCUCGUAAUCAUGGCACGGCGAGCGUUCGAACUCGCCAGCUGCUUCCUGUGCCUUUUUUUUUUGCCUAUCAAGGCUCUCACUUUUGAAUAGACCCUUGCAGACUUGAGUUAGUUGAUCUACACCAGUUCCUGUCACGGCUUUGCCGUUCCAUUAUGGAC